AUGAACCAUUUGCCGCGUAGAGAGUUUAGAAAACUUAUGAGAAAGCAGCGAAAAAAAAAUGCUCGGAUAGAAGCCGCUAAAGCUAGGCAACUACAAGUGGAAGAAGAAAUCUCUGAAGAAGAAAAUUGGGAGAAAACAGUUAAAAGUAUAAAAAUACCCAAACCUAUUACCGAAGAAGAAAUUAACAAUAAAGAUUCAAAUGAAUUGUUUACAUCUCCAUCAGCAACAUCAGUUCAAGAAGACUCGAGCGAAAAAACCGAUUAUGGAACUGAGAAAGAUCAAGUCAAUUGUCCAUUUUAUCUUAAAACCGGCGCUUGCCGAUACGGUGAUUCAUGUGGUCGAUAUCAUCCUUAUCCUGAAAAAUGUUGUACUAUUUUAAUCAAAAAUAUGUAUGAGGGUAUGCCCGUGCAAUUGGCAGAUGAGAAUGAUGAUGAUGAUUUGGAGUUUGACGAAGUUGAAGCCGAAAAACAUUAUUUUGACUUUUUCGAAGACGUACAUACUGAAUUUCAGCAAUAUGGAAAUAUCGUGCAAUUCAAGGUAUGUAAUAAUUUUCAACAACAUCUACGUGGAAACGUGUAUGUACAAUAUUCAAGUGAGGUCGAGGCAGAACUAGCGAUCGAAAAUAUCAGGGGAAGAUGGUACGCUGGCAAACAGUUGAUAUGCGAUUACUGUCCAGUAACCAAAUGGAAACCCGCGAUAUGUGGAUAUUAUCAAAGAAAACAAUGUCCGAAAGGAAUUCAGUGUAAUUUUUUGCACGCAUAUAAAAAUCCUGGAGGUUUAUAUUCAGAUGCUGAUAGAGACUUUGAAGAUCUACCUUGGAAACAAUCAAAUUCGAUUAAGGCGAUUGAUAAUUCUUCUGUUUCCAAAUCAGUAAAAAAACUGCCUUCAGAAUCGAUAUCCGUUAGUUUUACAAAAUCUCCAAAACGAUCUCGAUCAUCAAGUCCAAAUAAGAGCCAUCCGCGUCACCUUUCACUGGAGCGCAAUCAUAAAAGUAGAUCAAAAUCACGAUCUCAUUCCCCUCGACGAUCAAAUGACAAACGACAUCGUCGGCAUCACAAACGUGACGACCACCAUAGUUGUCAUCAUCGACGUGAUGAGCAUCAUCAUCAACGUCGAAGUCGACAUCAUAAAAAGAAUGAUCGCGAUUUAAAUGAAUCGCUUUCACACCGGAAUCGCCAUUAUGAUUGUUGGGAUAAAAAGCCCAGCGAUUACGAAGCUGAUAAUGAAUUUAUGAAAAAGAGAUUUGGUGGCGAUAAACGCAAUUUUACGAGAGAUGGGGAUGAAAGUGGGAACGAUCCCAAGCGUGAAAAAUCGUAUCAUAAUUUGGAAACAUCUAAUGAAUUUAGAAAAGGUUCUAGGAUCAACGAACCUCAUGCAUCAUUACUUUGUUAA